UUGGUGUGUAAAAUCAUUUGUUUAAAUGGAAUAUGAAUCCACUCCAUUCUACAUUAUACAGAAAACGUAAUUUAAAAUAUGGUGCUGUUAUAGUGAUUUCAUAAUAAUUCGAUAUAAACAGCGGCCAAACGAUCGACCUUAUCUUGAGUUCUGACAAUAAUUAAAAUUGUAAUGGCUUAUCGGACAAGCCGGGCAUCAGAUUUGAGAUCGUACCAGACAAUGGCCAGCCGUGCGUCUGACUACAUAACACUGAGAGCCAGCAGAUUCCCAGACAUCAGCGGAUAUACUCACAACUUAUCAUUGAGAAGUGCCCCUUUAGAUUUCAUAGACACUCGUCCUAGGAAAAAACAAUCUACAGUUGUGACAAAUACAUUCAGACUAGCAGAUAUUGAAGAACUUGAUGCAGCUGAAGAGAAGGCCACAACGAUUUCUACAGGAUACUCCGGGUAUACCAAGAUCGUGCUUCUAAUAAUGAGAUGUGCUGUCAGAAUGAUGAAAAGAUUGCUCUUACGUUUCAUUGCAUCAUUACAAAUGGAUCUAAACAGAUUCCUGGAUAAAUACAAGGAAGAACUUCUCGACACAGACGUCGGAGAGAAGUAUCGUUACAUCUUGUACCCAACAGAUGGUGGGUUUUCAAAUUUUGCAAAGUGGGAUAUGUCUCUACUUUCCUGUGUGUUCGCCGAGGUGUUCAGACGAAUACUCGUGCAACAUGUUAGCAGGGUGAAUGCAACAUUUGAUAGGUUCCUUAUGCGUCACAGGAUUAGCAUCACCAGCACACCGGCUGGUAGGGCGUAUAUGACCGUCUUGUAUCCCAAAACUGGACGAUAUUCACACAUACGCUUUUGGAAUCUGUCGCUUCUAGCUACUGUUCUACACAAGGCAUGUAAGGACCCUUUACACAUACCUUCCCAUUUGUUCAGAGACAUUGGCUACAUUUUCAAACUGAGAAAGGAGCUGUACCAUUAUACGGAACCACUUCUAGGACAAGACGAUUACGCGAGGUACCUGACGAGCAUUAAGGGCUUUAUAAACAGAGGACUUGUAUACCUGAACAACAAACCGUUUCGGAAAAAGACGCUACACGAGGCUGCAGAAAUAGAGAACGGUUUAUUCUUCCAGGAACAAGGACGGCCAGCCAAAGUUCCAAGAGGACAACACUCAGUCACAGAACGCAUUGACAAUAUCGACAAAAAAAUCGACAACCUGUACAAGCUAUUGCUGCGGCUUGAAGAUGGUAGUCAUUCUGAGCCAAUGUUGGGAAACGAGACCAUGUUGUCACAGGACGAGCACUCUACAGGAAGGAGUGAGGGAAAUCCACUUCCAUCCAGACUCAAUCAUAUCCGAGAAUCCCUCGACGAUGCCAGAAGGGAUUUAAAUGGAGUUGCUGAUUCGCUCAUAGAGAGUCACCACCAGAGAGGGAUACAAAGACUGUCGCCAGUGCAAGACACAAUGCCAUUCGAUGGAGGUCACGUGGUUGAUGGUGCCGCGCAUGCGCAAUUCGUAUCCUCUACACCGAUCCAAAACCACACAGAAGACGAAGUGAAAGACAAUAUAUUAGGACAACAACGAUUUAAGAAUGCAAUGAAUGCUGUAAGGAAACACGGAACAGGCAGGGGUGGGAAACAACAAGUUAAACAAAAGCAGAGUGACAUUCUCACCAAAACUGACUCACAGCAUUCAAGUGGAACUGUAUCAGAACCUGCCAAUAAGAAGUUCACUAUGCCUAAAAAGAAAAAGUAGAUCCGACAAAUGCCAAUGCAGAUUAUUCGGUGUUGUUUGCCUCAUCGGUAUUGUGUAUUAAUGUUUUAUAUAUACUGCUACAACAUUCCCAUACAAUGUUGAGUCUUCCAUUGUGAGUAAGCUUACAUAUCUACAUCGUGCGUGUAGUUUAGAUUGGUUUAAUACUGUUUCCUAACUUGUAUAAUGCACCAGUCAACUGUAACCACGCCCCAGCUAUAGGGAAUAGCGGGGACUUUGACUUUCGUUCUAGCCAAUCCCGGCUUAAAUCCCCGCCCUGCGGAGAUGAACAGAUGGUGACAUCCCCGACAAAUGCACCCGCAUAAUAAUUCCAGUGUUGAAAAUUUCUCGUGAAAAAGGCCGUAUGCAAUUAUGUUGAAAACCGUUUAUCGUCAUUUAUAGAAUAUGAAAUAAAUACACUGUUAUUAAUAGUUCAAGUGAAUUAGUUAGUAUCAGCUGAUAAACAUAUCUGCUACCAAGAUGAGUAAAGUGGGAAACGCCUUUUUUACGCAAUAGGAAUAUUUUAUGAGGUCUAGAAAAAGAUAAACAUCCAGCCAAGAAUGUUGACUUGCAGCUUUUAUAAUGUACAUGUAAUAUGUUGGAUUGUGCAUCUAGUUGAUUGAACGUUGAUAUUUAAUCCCGGAGCAUUUUAUCAAGUUCAUAUUUAUGUUUUGACUUCUGGGAUAACCCCUGUACUGAAUUGAAUUGAGAUUUAUUUGCUCUAAUAUAUGAAGAGUUAAAAAUGUAUUUACAUAGUUAUAAUAUGUAUAUGUACAUGUAUACAAUUGCACACUUAUACUAGGUGCGCAAAAAUGGAUAUGUCUUGUACAUACUAUUAUUAUUAGACAGAAUUUCUAAGAAAAGCAAUUGUUGACAAACCCAAUACAGUAUAAAAACCUGAAAUCUUAUAAAGCACUACUUCUUUUGUGCAGUCAACCCUGCGAUUAUCGACUCCUUCGUC